AAAAAUAAAGUUAAAUAUUUAAAAAAAAAAAAACUAAUUGCAAAAUUCGCAACAGUUUCUUCUUCAACUUGUCCGAAAAAUUCGCAAACACAAACGUUGGAUUAUCACAAUCGUGAUUGAUAGCUGUUGUUUAGUUCAUUUCGUUAACGUUUUGAUGGCAGCCAGUGCGAACCCUUUGGGCAACAACCAGGAGGGCUCCUCCGCGGCGCAGAAAUCCACGUCGGCUAACGGCGGCGUUAAUUCUAGAAACGGCGGUGCCAACACUCAGACGGCUGAUACCACGCCGACUGCCUCCGCGUUGCGACACAACACCGGUAUUUCACUCGAGUGGACUCCCGAUGAACAGUCAAUUCUUGAAGAUUUGCUGGCAAAGUUUUCGUCGGAUUCAACUCUUGUUCGGUAUGCUAAAAUUGCAAUGCAGUUAAAGGACAAAACUGUUCGAGACGUUGCUCUACGUUGUAGAUGGAUGACUAAAAAGGAAAAUGGCAAGCGAAGGAAAGAGGAUUAUAAUUCAGCAAGGAAAAACAAAGACAGAAAAGAAAAGGCUACAGAUUCAUCUGCAAAGUCAUCAUCUCAGUUAACAACUCGCCUGAAUGGUCCUUUGUAUGCUCCGCCAUUGAUUCCUAUGGACACUGAUGAUGGCAUCUCAUAUAAAGCCAUUGGGGGUGUUACGGGAGAGCUUCUUGAGCAGAAUUCUCAGAUGUUUAAUCAAAUAUCUGCAAAUUUUGCAUCUUUUCAGAUACAUGACAACAUUGAUCUCUUGUGCAAGGCUCGAGACAACAUCCUCUCAAUAUUGAACGAUUUGAACGACAUGCCGGAAAUAAUGAAGCAGAUGCCCUCACUUCCUGUUAAAGUUAAUGAUGAACUGGCCAAUUCCGUCCUUCCUCGUACAUCCCAUCAAAUGAGUUGAUGAUCAGGGAUUAGACAUGAAUAAAACUAGUGGAGUUAUUUUAUCAGUUAAAGAUGACUUUUCAAUAGCCAUUCCAUCUGACUCUGUUGAAUGUAAAAACUUUAUAUCUUCCUUCUCUUCUCUUGGUAGAUUCAUUGGGCUUAGGAACUUUGUAUUCUGUAGCAUGUACAUAACAUAUAAUCAGUCAGUUGUGUGAGGAGAUUUCUGAAUGUAAAAUGAUCUGAAAGAAAAGUUUUUUAUCAA